AGCCCCUGCAGGGAUUGUGAUUACGGGUAGUUGUGUGAGAGAGCCGUCGUGGACAGUAAAUGCUCACUGCAGCUAUUGGAUUAUGUGAGGGUUUUAAACUGGAAUUAAGCUGAGGCCGUAGACAGCCUAUUGAGCCGGGAAGCUAUGUGUGCGUGUGCCUGGGGUGGGCGUGUGUGACCGCGUGUUUGCGUGUUUGCGUGCCGCGGGUGUUCACACCACGUACACGUUCUAUUGUCUGUCGCCGGAGAUGGCAGAGUAAAGGACAGCGUGGAACAUGAAUUUCUUCUGCUUCUCACUGGAGGGCUCCACCGACAGCCUGUAUGAACCCAAUCAAGGCAGGUCUCUCAUCAGGGACUUGAUCCCCCCCUGCACCAGAAGUCCAUCUCUCCCGAGGAACAAGGAGAAGUGGCGAGGCUCCGAUCCCAACCUCUCCUCGGAACAGCCUCAGGCUCACCCGGCUCAUUCGAGGAAGAAAAAGAAAAGAUCAACAAACAAAACUCGUGAAACCACUCCAGUUCAUCUACCGUCACACGUACCAACAUCAACACUGGAGAAUGAAACAACAGAGAACACAGAUAGAGAUCCUCUCUCCUGGCAGACAUACAGAGACGAGACGGUUUCCGUUUUCACCCAUAACAAUCCCAACGAAGAGGCGGGCACAGUCUACUGCCAGAGCGUCGUGCCGUCUGUGGAACACAGGGAGAAGCAGCUGAACCUUGAGAGAAGAGAAAAAGACCCUUUAACACAGGGAGUCAACUUUGAAGCAUGGAAACCUAACUAUGAGCACAGUGACUGCAAUCGUCAAGAUCUGACAGGGGAAGCGGAGGAGGAGCUGAAGGGGACGUUGAAGAGGAUACAGAGGCUGGUGAAAGUGAAGAAGGGGAGUGGCUCGGAGGAGGGAAAGACGGCCUCGGACAGCAGCGGUCAUUUGGCAGACAACGUCUUCAAAGAGGAUAGUCCGGUCAUAACCUGCAUUGGGCUGAGUAAGAAGACAGACAAGAAGCCGGUCAAGGCGGCCUCGUCGCCGCAGCGCCAGCCGGCCCAGGAGAGCAGCGGAGGAGCCGGAGAAGGACAGUGCUCCCUAGGGGCUCACGCCCACCGCUGGAGCCCCACCGAAGUCCCUCCGCCUUGGGACCCGCCGUACCACACCUGCCCCCGUCUCCGGGUGGAACACCAGGUCCAUGGUUUGGACUUCACUCUGCCUCGUGCCACAGACUGGGAGCGCUUCGAGAGCCUGGUGCAGGAGCUGGACAGCAAACAGGCUCUGCCCCCGCGGGUCAUCCGCUCCAUCACCGACGUGGACAUCUCCGACUCCAUGCGUACCAGCAGCUAUGGGAGAUUCAACGGCCCGACGCUACACGCAUCGCCAACGAGGCCGAAAUACGAAGGGACGUUGUCUGCAGGGAGAGAACACGUGGGGAGUGAUCAGACCAGUCCAGGGAGUUUGGGGAGGAGGAUUAAAGCCGUUUCCCACACCAUGUGCAAGAGGAUGGGAAAUAAUCACGUCAAACCCCUGUCCGGCGAAACGGGACAGAGCGGGGAAACGGAGAGCAGCGAGGGAGGCCGAGGAGGGGCCGACGGGGGUCGGUCGAUCGCGAGCGGACGCUGGAGGUCCAGUAACUCCCUGGGAAGCCUCUACAGUCUCAACAGCGGGCAGAGCUCCUCCAGUGGAGUCACCAGUGGGUCGGAUGGCUUCAGUCACAGAGACAUCCUGAGACUGGACGAGGACCCUCCCUACCCUGGCCAGUUCUGUGGUAGAGCCCGGGUCCACACCGAUUUCGUCCCCAGUCCGUACGACACUGAAUCCCUCAAACUCAAGGUAGGGGACACGAUCGACAUCAUCAGCAAGCCCCCCAUGGGAAUCUGGACUGGCAUACUAAACGGCAAAUUGGGUAACUUCAAAUUUGUCUAUGUGGACGUCCUGGUGGACAAGGAGCCCGAACUGCCCCAGAAAAUGAGGCCGCCGAGGAAAAACCCUCCUUCCCAGCCAGGAACUUUACAUGAACUCUUAACACGCCUUAACCUGGAGGAGUACGUCUCCCCUCUCCUCCUGAGUGGCUACCAUACCGUGGAGGACCUGCGACAGCUCAGAGACCAGCACCUGAUGGAGCUCAACGUGACUGACCUGGAACACAGGCGUCGCUUGCUGGCUGCCUUCCACUGCCUCAAAGAACCCCAAUGGGACGAUCAGAAGGGAGGCAGGGCUAACCAGGAGGCUGGCUCUCCCACCGCGAGCAUCAAGACCAACCUGAACGACCAUCCCAGGGACUCCGGUUGCUACAUGCCGACCGACUGCUGCGACGCAGAGCAAACCGAACUGCCAUCCGGUUAUCCUUCACUGACCGUCUCCUAAUGAUCAGUUACUUCACGUAUAUUACUCAUAUACAUCCAUCCUUUGAUGGAGAUGUGUCACCUUGUUUUCCUUUUGACGUUUUUACAGUGCAGCAAUGCCCAGUUGGUUUAGGCUACGUGUAGCUGAAGGCGAAAAAUGGUUUUAUGUCGUUUCAGAGCGAGACUGUUAAAGAUGUGUUCUUUGUGUUGAAGUGUCACUGUCUACCUCUGCUGUUCCUCUGCUGUUCCUUCGUUUACAUGGUGAAGUGAAUAUGUACAAUGUAAACUGAGUCAGUGAGUGACUGUAUAUGUUGGAAAUAUACAGUAGUAAAAAGGAAUUUACAACUUUA